UAACUGAACUUUAAUGUUUAUCAGAAAGUGCAUGGACAUGACCUGGGAUGUUGUAGACAGAUAGAAUUACACCACUGUGCUGUUCAGUUCUUGAUUCUGAUUGGUCAGAAGGCAAGGCAUUCAUUAAUUUAGCAUUAAUGAUGAAAUUAUGGAUUCAUUAAUCGGUUAUAACAGCAGAUCUGACAGUAGUGCAGCUGGGAAUCCCAGGAUUAUAUCAAUUCGCUUGUUGUAAUACUUGGUUGUUUCUAUAGCAACAGUUCAUUCAUGGGGUCUUGUACAGUAGCUGCUCCACAUAAACAUGGGCAAUUUUUAUUUAGCAGAGAGAAAUUCUAAUUGUUGAUAUGGUGAAGCUUUGUGUGAGGUGUUUGUUUAACGUUUAUGGAAGGAGUCCCCAGUGUCAGGGGUUUGUAACAGUCCGAGCUGUAACUUUAAGCUAUCCGACACCUCCAUUACAGAGGAGUUUACACUUUGCGGUUUCUCCAACAUGACAUUUUUGUUUGUUUUGUUUUUGUUGUAAAAAAACAAACAAAAAACAGAACAACAACAUGAUUUGUCGUUGUUUAAUGUAAAUGAAAGUGUACUAGAAUAUGUUCGUGUUUAAUAAUAAUAAUAAGCAUGUAGCAUGCGGCUAAUGGCUAGCGUUUGAUUUCAGACGCACAAUGGGACUUUACGUUUGAAAUAUAUUUGUGACAGUUACUUCCGGCUUCCGGUUGUCUGUAAGUGUUUCUAUUGGGAGCCGCGUUACUUUUUAAAAUGUAUUAUUAUGAUUACUGAAAUGGUAUUAAAGCCAAGACUCGGCCCUGUAUAUAUGGAAAAUGUCCUCUAAAAUGUUUAGUGUUCGUAUUUAAAAAAUAAAAUAAAAAAAUGACUGGUUUAUACGGAGGGGACAUCAGCAACGGUCUGGAAAACGUCCCCGUUUGCAUCGAAAAAGACGUGAAUGAAGACAGUUUGCCCAACUUCCAGUACACUCCAGAGAACGUUCAGGGUGUGGGCUGUGAUGUUGACCCGAGUGAAGUGACCCUGCCAGGCUGCUCGUGUCGCUUGGCGUCCUGUGUGCAGCCCAGCUGCCCGUGCCUGCGUUUCGGCUUGGUGUACGCCGAGGGAGGUUUACUGGAGCAGCGAGAGGAGCCGGGCGCUUCUUACAGCCAGCCUGUGUUUGAAUGUAAUGCCCUGUGUGUGUGUGGUGAGUCCUGCCGGUCCCGCGUGGUCCAGAACGGCCUGCAAAUCCGCCUCUGUGUUUUCCGAACCGAGAACCGUGGCUGGGGGGUCGUGACCCUGGAAGCCAUCAAACGUGGCAGUUUUGUGUGCGAGUAUGCCGGGGAGGUGAUCGGGUUUGAGGAGGCACGGCGGAGGCAGGUGUCCCAGACUCCCGAGGAUAAGAAUUACAUCAUCGCCGUGCAGGAGCACGGUGGCUCGCAGAGGCUAGGUGUGACGUUUGUGGACCCGGUCGCCGUGGGAAACGUGGGCCGCUUUCUGAACCACUCGUGCCAGCCCAACCUAACCAUGGUGCCCGUGCGCGUGCACUCGGUGGUGCCCAGACUGGCCCUGUUCUCCAGCCGAGACAUAGAACCGGGCGAGGAACUCGCCUUCGAUUACUCAGGAGGACACGCACAGAGAACUGACGCUUCUGCUGCAGGAGCUCUACAGAGGAAAGCGUGUCUGUGUGGUGCGCAGAACUGCACUGGCUUUUUACCUUUAGACCUUUCUGUCCUGCACUGAGAAUACAGCGGAGAAAUGAUCCCGACAGGUUAUUUAUAGUUUAUAAUGCAAUAUUAGCAUCAUUUAGGUCAUGUCUCACCUGCAUCUAUUGUCUGACAGCACGUCUUAAAGAAACUGUAAUUAUUAAAUGACAGCUCAGAGACUGUACUCUGUGUCCCGAGUCUCAAAUUGGUUGUUUCUAUGGAAAUGCACACAAUCAUUAAUUACUGACGGUGGUACAGUGGGGUAGCACUGAUACCUCACAGCUCCACGGCCCCUGGUUUAAUCCUAAACUCAGGGUUAUCCUAAGUCACAUUGUGGUUUAAAA